AUGUACUAUACAAUGAUAUUUUACAUGCAGGAAUACUGUAAAUCACCUUGGAAAACCAAUUUAGGACUAUCUCAUAGAGGGUUCCAAAAAUCUUUUUUUCGGCCUACAGCCGACCUACCUACCCAACCCCUGGUCCGGCAUUCAGAUCCCUGAACCCCCUUG